GGAAAAAAUAAUGAAAACCCCAAAAAGAUCACGAAUUUGACAAUGAAUACAGUGAACUUAUAGACCAGACAAAGGCUCCCUCAUUCCUGUAUUGCAAAAAGCACAGGUUCACGAAAGUAGAUACAUGCUAGUUCAUAACUCAUUGAUCACAAGACUAUUAUAUUCAAGCAACUUCAAAAACUUAUUAGGCAUCAACAUUAAGUACGGUUUGGCUACUUCGAGAGCCGGUUUCUGCAUUAGCUACUCAAAUAUUACUUCAUAAGCUUAUAAGCACGCUCUGAAACUGAACUCGACUGAGCGAGCAAGACAUCAGGCACGAGCCUGAAGUUUUCUUUACUGCGAGAACAAUAAAGUGAGUUGAAUUAGAGUCGCUGGGAGCAAACUUACAGAGAUAUAAUGGCUGGAGUUUUGGGACACUUCAUGCGACACUCCAAAGCGCGGCAGGACAUCGCGAAGAGACGCGAGCAGAUCAAGGCAGAGCGCCAGCACCUCGCAGCGUCAGGAGUAGUUCUUGCGGGAGUGUUCUGGUUCGCUGGAAUUUGGCGCCGUGCUUCUGUAGCGACGAAGAUAUCGGCUGGUGAAAUCGGCGUGACAUUGCACUGUCUGCAAUGCAGCGUUGGCGCGGAGCAAGAGUGGGUCCGUGGACACGGUCCCCAAAGGUGCCCCACCCACCCCCUGCACCAGCAGUAUGACCUCAUCGUUACCCUGGACCUCGUGAAUUCUGAGCUUCGUAAACUGGUGAGCGGAGUUUCGACGUGCGCCGAUGGAACUAUAGAAUUCAACGAAUUCCUUCAAAUGAUGAGCAAAAAACUUAAAAACAUGGGCGACGAAAACGAACUCAAAGAAGCGUUCAAAGUUUUUGACAAGAAGAACUCGGGGUACCUGACCUCGACGGAGCUGCGGCACGUCAUGACGUCGCUGGGGGAGAGACUCUCAGAGUCUGAGGUCGACGCCAUGAUCAAGGAGGCGUCGCCCAGCGGCGACGGCAAAGUCAACUAUGACGACUUCGUGUCGCUGAUCGCCCGGAAGCACUGAGCAGACCAAACGCCAGAUGCGGCGGUCGCCUACUGCUAGAGUGGAUGCUUAUUUCCCCUUGAAAUUAUAUGGAAGAUCGUCCAAACCUUUGCGGUUCCUCAAGUCAGAAGAAUAUACGGGAUACGUGCUUGUAGAAUACGAAAUCACCUGCACAGAUACGAGAAAAUGUGUACGAAAACCGGGUAAAUAAGAGUGAAGACAGCAAAGGCUUGUGUUCGAACGCCGGAGAACCAUGCAUAAGAAAAUCAAGAUGCAUUCGAAGUAUUGAGAAACGGUAGUAAAGACAGCAAGAUGCAUUCAAAUCUUUUAAAAACUAGUCAAUGGCAACAAAAUGUGUUCGGCGUCAGAGAAAGGUUAAGACAAAAGCAAGUAUACAAAGCAAGAAAGACAAAGAAAAUAUGUAAGGUGCGUAAGAUAAACGUAAAAACGACGUACACGAGAAAUUAAAGCUUCCAGAUAUAUAUAUGUUCCUAUAGUUGGCGCCAGAAAAUAAGUGCAAAGUUAAACCAAUCAAUCAUGGCAAAAUGUCAAUAUAUGAAGAAUCAAUGCUCUGCUCAGAAACAGAAUGAUGAAUCGUACGAUGAUAUGACGGCUAGAGAUGGGAUACAAUCAUGGCAUGGCGAACAUCGUCAUGUCUGUAACAGAUUUUUCGCCGGGUUCGUAUGUUUUUGCAGAAGUUCACGAAAAACGGAAUCACAAUGAAAAUACUAGCAAAGCCUCAUCAGUAUUAAAAGCCGUUAGUAUAUCGCCCAUUAUCCCAACAUGCAAUUUAGCAAGGGUACUUUUAAUACUUUAAAAACCCUAAAAAACACGGCAAGCGUUGAAAAAACAUUCCGGAUCCUUUUCUUUGUUCCCAGGAAUUCUUUCUACUAAUUGCGGUGAUUGACAUUUACAUCGACUUUGUCAUUCAGUCUUCUUUUGGCUGCAGCAUUGGCAAUUAUAAUUUACCGACUCGGGAAUAAAUAACAUCCGUGAGAUAUGAAGCAAAUAAGUUCCAGGCCUAAAUUAUUUCACUGAAUUGAAUAGAUUUUUCGUAAUUAUCAUUACGACCACGAGUAAAAUUAAUCCUGGACUUCAUCAUCCAGAUGAGUAAGCAAUGAAUAUCCCCCGGGGAAUGAGGGAAUGAAGUUAGUGGGUGAAAGUUAUUUUUUGGUAAAAUCGAACGACGUUCGUAUGUGAGGGUAAAUGUAGCUAGUGGGUGAUAGGGGACAAUGUACGCGGGUGAGGAUGAACGAAAUUCAUCGGAGUGGGUGAAUGAAAUUUUUAAGUUAAGAUGAAUGAUAAUUGUGCGAGAAGAUGAAUGACAUUGUUGGGUUAGGGUGAACGAUAUUUGUUGGAGAUGACGAUAUUGGUGGGUUAGGGUGGACGAUAUGUGUUGGAGAUGGCGAUAUUGGUGGGUUAAGGUGAACGAUAUAUGUUGGAGAUAACGGUAUUGAUGGGUUAGGGUGAACGAUAUUUAUUGGAGUGGAUGCACAAGUAAGUAGGCGAGGAUAAACGAUAUUCCUGGCUCUAGUAAAACGAAGUUAGUUGAUAGGAGUGAAAAAUGUUCGUGAGUAAGAGUGAAAUAUUUAAAGUGGCGGUCCGAAGUGGCGGCUUGAAAAGCAGGUAUAAAGUGGUGGUUUGAACGGCUGAUUUAAGGUGUUUAUAUACAUGUUUUUAAUGUAGUUGACAAAUAAAGUGGUUGCUUAAAAUGGUGGCUUAAAAUGCGAUUCAAAAUAGCGAUGCUAUUUCAAUUUUAAUUCAAUUCAAAUUGCUCAUACCACUAUUUACAUAAUUUAAAAAUAACCCAACUUUUCAAUCCAAUUUUUAUAUGAUAACAAUGAAUGGAACUUUCAAGAAAGAACAGUGCCUACAAAGAUUUAUAAGCAUUGUCAUAAAUGAGAUACGUGGAGAUAUAAAGGAGAAAGGUUGAUAUUGUAUUAACCAUACAAACUGUAGAAAUGUAAUGCAACUUUUCACCAUGUGCAAGUUAAGAUAAUGAAAAGGAGCAUGGGUUACAAUGAACGGCGAAUGAAAAAUGAGAAUGUGACUUUUAAAAAAAUGUUGACGAUAAUUGAGGCGAAAAAAUUAUUUGUAAGGAGAAAAUUUUUCUUCCGCAGCCACUUUUAAAAUGGCUGCCCUGAAACUGCUUUUAUAGCUCGGAAAAUAUCUAUUUUUAAUUUAACACUCCUGCAUGAAAAUAUAUUAAUAUGCAUAAUGAAUAUUUUACCACUGAGUGUGUGCUAGAGAAUAUAAAGUAUAUCUAAAUAUUAUGUAUGCCAAGCUAUGUCAGUGUGAGCCUUUAUUAACGCGCCUAAUCCAAUGCUUGAUCGAGACUAGUUCUACUUUCAUGUGUUGUAGUAACGCUGCCUCCUGCUUAUGUCGUCACUCCGCUUGCUGACUUAGGUGCUGCUUCUGACAAAGGUUUGUUUUGAAACCCUUGAUGAAAUAUAAUAAAGAUUAAAUGCAAGGCAGUUCUGAAGAAAAAAUUGUAAGGGAAUAUAUUCCGCUUGUCUCUUUAUUUCCAGGUAGAUUCGGUCUUUCGACAUGCUGCAAUACUGAAAUGUUAGUACCUAAGUCCGUAGAUUUGUUACAAACUUGUUACCAGAAAUCGUGACGAAUGCUCCGGUCUCUGGGAUGAAAGCCGUGGACAUUAUUCAUAGCAUGGAUUUCAAUGCCCCGACAUACUCUUUAUAAUUUCAGCCAAUAAGAAAUUUGGCCACCGAAGUUGAGUGUUAAGAAGAAACAUUGUUAUGAGUCUAAAAUCAAUGCGAGUAUCGGUAAAACUCAUUGCUUAUUAUAAGUGAAUGAAUACAUGAAGAAAAAUCUCCAUCCCUACAAGAUUAAUCGUACUGUAGAUUGAAAGAAUCUUUUUUUAAUAGACAUUAUUCACAUUAGUGUUAGGCAUCCAUGGAACCAAGAGUUUUGUCGUGAUAUGUUUUGUAUUGAGUUGUCGUUUGACGCUCGUAAGCUAGAUUUACUCCAAUCCUUAUAGGCUCGACCUCAGACGUUGCAACUAUCCUCUCUGUACGACACAUGCUUUCUUCCGUUUCUCUUAGUUUGAACGUUCAAAGUUUUAGAGAUUAGGCAUAUAAAUAUUAUUUGAAAUAUCGAUUGAUAUUCUUGUAUGGAUCACAACAUUCCUUACUGUAUCAAUCGGAUAAAUAACUCAUUAAUUUAAUGUAGAAACGUCCCGUUCUACUUUAGAGCUCCCUGUAGCAUACGUAAAGAAGUCACGUAGCUUAGGUGAAGAUGCCGCUGUCCAGAAGAAUAGUUUGUUGGCGUUAUAUUAGUGCUGUAAUACGAGGAUAAGUGAAAUGCAGGUAUGGUUCCAGGCUUAUAGCAUGUAAGACUUACUCACGUUUCCAUCAUUCCACAGACAUCCCACAUUCCAUACUUAGGCAUGACCUCAACAUUACCAACAAUAGGCUUCAAUUCGGAGCGGUUUUGGAUUCAAAAUUUCUGUUGAAAACCUAUUCUUUUUGCAAAUUUGGCAUGCGAUUUUUUUCCUAAAUGUUGAGUACCUAAGCUUUUGAUUGGCAGAAGAAAGUAAUUGGACUAAUAAGCAAGACAACGUACGUCUCAGUUCAGCCACAGUGAGCAACGUCUCAGGAGACAUCUAUUUAACCCGUUACCAUGUGUCAUGCAAUGAUGUAAUUGCUGCAUUCCAUCACUAAAAUUCCAGCCAUCUUCUGAUUUCAUCAUCAAUGGAUGGAAAAUAGACAAUUCCUCAUCUUUUUAGAAUAAAAUGCAAGACAUAAAAAGAGAAAACGAAUUUUAUUGGAUUUUCGAAUCUUGGAAGAAUUUUUUCAAAUAAAGGAAAAUACAAGGGCUAUUGUAUUUUCAGUGCACUUAAGUUUGAAUUUUCGAGGGAAUAAACAUUGAAAUAACAUCAUUUAAUUGCAAUGUUUAAGCCAUUUAUCAGGAGGUAAUACUUUCAUUGUUUGCUACUUAACCUCUUGCGAAAAGCGAAGUAUCACAUACGUAAAUAAUCAUAAGUGUCUCCCGCGGAGCUGUCCAUUGCUGAUGACGCUAAAAGUCUCUUCAAUAAUGAAUUGUUAACAGCGUGUAGGCAUUCUAAGUCUUCGAAUGCUCUGAAAAACUACCAUCUACCAAAAACUACCAACUUUUUAACUACUGUUAGUAAAGUGCUACAGAGAACUACCAGUCGAGCUUUCUCAUCACAGAAUUAAAAUUAGAUUUACGAUAGACUUAAUGACACCGAAUAGUUUAAUGUAAGAAAUCUGCAGUCAUCUCGCUUGAUUUACCUCUUGAAUAACUAUUGAAACGAUAGGAUAAAUAUGAUGAUAUUUAUUAUAUUUGUAUGAGCAGGCCUCAUGAUAUUCACGCUUCUGUUCAUGUAACUGGUGAUGAAUCGUUGAACUUUAUUGAUAGUAUACACGAGAGAAAUAAUAUGGCUUAAAAUAAUGUAGUGAACUAAGAAUAAAUUGUGCAUGCAUCCAAUCCGAGCCGAUAUUAUAUUUUAUUUUAGAUUGCAAUACACACGAAAUAUUAAUUUAAUAAUCAAGGAAAUGACAAAUAGCAUUACGUCCUUUACACAUCCAGACUAUGUUCUUACGUUUUUCUGAAUCGAAUGGCUUUAUCGUUAAAUAAGUUCGCGGCUGGAACCGAUCGGCACGGCUCAUGUCUCCUAAUUUAUGAGACUUUCUGCAGGCAUGUGGAACUAAUUUUAAAAACGAACAAAAUGUUUAAACAAUGGUGUUCAAUAAUGGUUAGAAACAAACUUUGGGAAGAUUUCCUGUAUAGAAUUUAAGACUAUUUAUGUUGUCAGGCUUGAUCCACAACUCCGUCGAGUAUCUUAUAUUCGAAUAUCAAAAUACACCUAAUAUAUAAUGCUCUCAUUAAUUAAGUAAGUUUUGGAAAAAAUGAGGUGGCGGACAAAAAAAAUAUCUCAGUGAUCGACAAAAUCUCCCAUUUGACGUUGCUCUUUUGUAUCUCAUAAUCAGCUAUUUUUGAUUGAUUACAGGUGCAAAUUAUCCGCAUUUUAAUUAGCUAUUUACAUUCAACCUCAUCACCUGAAUUUUUAAAAUUAUUAAACGUGUACGGCUGCUAAUGGUUGCGCAAUUAUUAUGUCAUCCUACCGUAAUUAAAUAUAUAAGAAAUUGGCCUACAUAUAUGAGUAAAUUCAACCGUACACAUAUUUCAACUUGUACUCGUAUUCAGUUAUUUACUAGAACUUUUCUUUCAUAACAAGUGUGCCAUUUUCCUUUUAUCAAUAGAUCGUUCAAUUAUCAAUGUUCAUAACAUAGUGGUUUCUGACACAAUAUUGGUGAGUGGGAAUCUUUGAUAUUAAUAGGCGAUUGACUGUCAUCUAAAUAAGAUCGCUGAAUACUUGUUUUCCAGUUUUCUGUCACAAACUUAAGUGCAUCUAAAACGUUGCUUAAAUUGCACUUCGGGUCAAAAUUAGUGCAGCCAGAAAAUUCCAACUAUUUUCAACUUUCAAAUCGAUUACUUUCAUUUCAACAGAAAUGAAAUUACUCGAUUUGCAAUUAACGGACUUGCAAGAAGAAAGUGGUUUUUUCAAAGCAUAAUCAUCAUUUUAUUUGUUCGUAAGCAAACGCAUCAGAAAGAGACUUCAUGAAUGCUUAAAUGAAUUUUCCAAGACAAAAAUGGCCAACAAUAUGUCGUUAUGAUUACCUUUCAUCAAAUACCAAUAUUUCAACUACCUGGGGCAACAAUUUCAUACUAGAGACACUUUUAGACAUGGAUGCCGCAGUUCGAAAUGCCGCUCAUGUGGCAUCCGACAAUUAAUUUACAAUUCAGAGCUACUUUAAUUACAAUAAAUAUGAUUCAUUUUUUAAUGGAAAUUAUUAAUGAGGUGAAUAUGAAAAGCAACUCUACAUACUAGAACGGAGAAAAAUAUGGAAUUUGACUUACAUACUACUCACGCGAACAAAAUAUAGGCUUACUUGACCAUACGUUAAGUGGCGAAAUAUCCUUUCUACCAAAUUUUGUAAGUUGCGAAACAAAUUUCUUUGUGAUUGUCUUUCUGUGAAAUUUGCUGGAUUGAAUAUUUUCCAGUUUAUUCAAAUUCUUUACUGUUUUAGUCUCAUGUUACACAUCAAAUUACACGUUUCAAUCAUUUCCUUGCAAAAAUAUGUACAAUCACUUCAGAACCAAGGGUAAAUGAGAAAAAACACCGUGAAGUGUUGUAGAAUUUUUAGCACUCCUGAUUUGUAAAGAACAACAAUUAAAAUAUAACAUAAGAGGAAAUGACCUUAAAUAUUAAGCGCAAGUAACUUGGAACCCAUGUCGGGCUUUCCGAAAUAAUAUUGUGUUUAAUUGCAAAAGAAACCCUCAAAUGCC